AUGGCAUAUUCAGCUUUGCUCUGGUUGUGCACAGCAACGCUCCGCAAGCGUCGCCUUGCAUUGCUCUUUUGUAUUUGGCGUUCCGCCUGCAAUGGAGCGACAUCACUGUGGCUGUCCACUGGAAUUUCGGUGAAGCAUCGCUUUGCAUUGCUAUUGCUCGUUUGGCAAAGCUUACAACAGCGCACAACCACGCAGCUCGCCAUUGUAACGACAAUGCAUCGGUUCAACAUGUCGAGCUUUCGAUUGCUGCGCUCUGCUUUCUCGGCACUGCACUGGCAUGCUCUGCAUUGCUGGGAUAGAGAUGGCAUUUCACUCCCCAGCCACGGCCUUGCGCUGCAGGACUUCGACAGCCAUUUCUGGUUUUGCUUUUUUCGAAUGCUCGCACCGCACAGCAUAAGGCACCGCCGUGCCCUGGACGAGGCCUGCUGCAAUGAGGGCAUCGCUUUGCUUCGAAACGUCAUCGGCAUCGCUUUGCCCACCCCAGCAUCGCUUGUUGGCUUCGGGCAGCAGCUCUUAUUCAUUUACCUGUACACCAACAUCGACUUCUUCGGCCACCAAAAACUGCCCUGCAUUGCAAGCCUUCCUGUGACUCGCUCUGUCACGGCACGAGACUGCACCUACUUCUUUGUGGAGCUUUCGCAUGUCGAAGCCUUUCUCUCGAGCUUUUGCUUCGCAUCGCACUCUUCUUUUUCUUCGCAUCGCACCGCACCGCACAGCAUGGCCGGUGCCACUGUCGACGCACUGCGCGACCUCAUGGCGGCUGAGCGCCGAGAUCGCUUGGCGGCACUGCGCCAGCUGGGUGCUACCAAGAUGGCUGAGCUUGAGGCCGACCUUCACGAGGCAAGGAUCACCUUGUUUGGUCCCUUGCCCUCCUCUGCACCGCCACCGCCUUUGCACACGGUGCCCAGCACCGCACCGCCCAGCACCACACCGCCCAGCACCACACCGCCACUGCCCCGCAAGACACCGCCCAUGGUCAAGGCGGCGCCUACAAAAUCGGCGGCAGCACCGCCCCCGACCUCCCAGCCGGCCCCUCCGCCCGAGCCCAGCCCUCCCCCUGCACCGCCCAUGUUUCAGGGGGCUCCCCCAAAGCCGGAACAGAGUCGCGAGCGCAAGCAGCACCGCGACGCAAAGCCCCGCAAAGGCACCCCCGCACAGCAAGAGAAGUUUGUCCUGGGGCAGCCGCCAAUCCCUGAGGAGGAUGACAGCACUGCAUUGCCCGCCCCUGCCCCGCACAAGCCGACGCGGAACAAGGCGGGCAAGAACUGGGCUGACGUCGCAGAGGAGGAGAUCACAGAUGCAUGGCACGACUCCUCUGCAUCGUCCAGCUCCGCAGCGCCUUCCACAGCCCCCCGCCCAGCAACCCCGCGCCGGAACCGCAGCACAUCGCCUUCACCAGCUGCCGGGAAGGGUCCCGGCAAGGGCAAGCAAGGCCGCGAUGCAUCGCCCGGCCCAGCAUAUGUGGAUCCUACAUGGCAAUCCGCACCGCCUGGCGUGCCACCGCCCCACGUGCCGGCCGUGGACCCAUGGGCCUACUACAAAGGCUAUGGCAAAGCACAGGCCUGGUACCCGCCGCCCGCCUUUGCCUGCGGCUGGGCUGCCCCGCCCGGCCCUCCCCCGCACGGGCCCCCACCGCAAAGCCCUGCACCGGCCGAGCAAGGCCCCGCACCGCCCGGCACCUUCCCGCAAAGCUUCUGGGUCAUGACAGAGGUCAAGUGGUACACUGCCGGCGACGGUCCAGGCGGCCAGCUUACAGAUUGCCCAAAACGGGCCGUGUCGUUUGCGCAGUUGCCUGCGACGCACCGCAUUGCCGGUUCCGCAGACAACUUCGAUCGUUGCUGUGCCUUUGGCUCGGCACUUGCAUCUUUCUUGGAAGAUGCCAAAGCCUUGCCCUGCAGACGCCGUUGGUCGGCAUCGCUUCAAGCCUCGCCUGGCUUGCCUACCGUGACCGCGGACACCGCACCGCCUUUUCCAAUUCGGCUCCCCGCAGCCAGUGCCGAUGACUCUGCGCCACAGGCCACCACGGAAGCUCUGCCCAGCACACUUGAUUACUCUUUCCAGGAGCACCUGGACGAAGCUUUUCAGGCCCUGCCGGGCGAGGUGGCCCCGACUCAGCCAGACAGCCCACCAGACAUCGAGACAGUGCAUCCGGAUUUUGACUCCCAUAUCUCGGUUUCAUCCGAUGAAUUUCUGCAUGGCACCGCCGAAGAAAUACCCGCUCCAGCAAGUGUGCUACAUCUCCUGGCCGCGUCUAGCAAAAGCCCGGCCCUUCCAAUCCAAGAACGCAAACUUAGAGCCAAAGCACAGUCGCAUGGCUCCCUGCCUACGGUGGCGGACCUAGCAGUGCCUCCCGCCACAGCCAAAGCAUCGCCAUGCAGAGUCAUUGCAUACCCCCAUAGGCAACAUUCUCUUGAAGCCUUUCGGAUACCAGGGGCCCCCAAGCGCUCCCGAUCGCCUCCUCCUCUGCACCUUGGGGGCUUGCCGCCUCCGCCGCCCAAGAGCAAGCCAACCAGCCUCCGAGCACCGCAGACAACAAGCACAGCAUCCAGUGCGUGCCCCGGCCCGGCGGCCCCGGUCACCACACACAUUCCCUCCGCCCCGUCACUUGAGGUCAGGAUGCAACAGUGUGGCACACACUGGUCCCAGCUGCUCUUGCGACUCGGCGUGGCCUCCCUGCUCCUGCAAUCUCUCCUGCCUUCCAAGGAGUCAUCUCAACACAUGCUCGCAGUCAUCCGCAAAUUCGCCCCGGGUACCCUGGAGCGUUACCUCCGCAUUGCAUCGCAGUUCAUGGGCUUUCUUGAUAGCAUGGGGAUUCAAUUCGCACAAGUGUCCCUUGCGGCGGUUUUGGACUACCUUGCCGCAGCUCGAGCAUCGCAUAAGCAGGACCUCGAAAUCCAUCGCAUAAGCGCAAGCUCAGCGAUCAAAGCACUGCGUUGGUUCUACAAACAUGCGCAAUGGAACGCCUUAUCCAUCCACAUGCACAGCCCAGUUAUAUCUGCCUACGCAACGCAAAGCACAUCCAAAGAUAGGAGAGAAGCGCUGCCCAUACCCUGGGCCCUUGUCGCCGCCUGGGAGCGACAUGUCUGCAACGCAUCGACCCCUCUUUGCACUGCAUUGGUCUUGGGCGCAGCUCUCCUUGCAAUUCACGCUUGCCUUCGGUUCGGUGACCUCCAGAGAGUGGACUUCGCAUCGCUUUCUUUAACGUCCACCGCUUUGCUUGGGGUGUGUUUUGCGACAAAGACCACUUCACAGGGGCAACCCUUCGCUGUGACCAUUGCGGGCCUCACCGGCCGAGAUCUGUCGUCGUGCUGGACACUGCAUUGGUUGUCUGCCCUGCACCGCGCAUGCACACCAUUCAAAGACAGUGAGGGUGAUCCCGACUUCCUCUGGGUCAAUACAGCCAUGGACAGCCACGCAUUGCAAGAACUUGCCCCUGCGUCUUACUGCACAGCAGUGCUUUGUCUCCGCUGGGCCGCCACCCUGCCGUGGGAGGCGACGCAGACCGGCCUCACGCCGGCCGAAGCGCAGCAAUUGACGUUGCGUAGCAUGAAAAGUACACUUCUCGCGGCAGCCGCACAGCGCCGCCUUCGCAAAGACAUGAGACUGUCAGCUGGCCAUCAUAGGGACAGCGCUGCCCUCUACAGCAGAAAUGAUACGUUCGAUAGUCUCGACGCUCAACACAGCAUUGCCGUCGCCAUGAGUGAGGGCUGGCGCCCCAGCCGCAGCGUGGCCAGAGGCGGCCAGGCUCCCAUACCGGAGCCCCCUUUCGCGCUGCCCAGCACUCCCCCCUUGCAAGCCCUGCAUAGCAAGGACCUCCUCUCAGGCCCAUGGUCCGUCUUUACAACUCGCCACGAGGCACUGCAUUCGCUUCACCAGCACACAGAGCCAUCACAUGCAAUGCAAGGCACCUCACAACACUUACCGCCGUCGGCUGCUGAGGAAGAUCCCAUAGAACAAUUCUCUCCGGAUGAUCACAUCUCGGAUUGUUCGGACGUGGAAGCGGCCAUGGUGCGGCGCGCCGCAUUGCGCCGCACGCAAAGCUCGUCAUCCGAAGCGGAGGUUUCUUCUGUGUCCUCCUCCAACGCGUCUGCCGUUGCAGACCAACACGACUUGCCACUCUUCGCUUGCACAGGCCCCCCCGCCUCCGUUCUGCAGACGCAAAGCCUGCGUGUCUCGGUCAUGACGUGCGCCCUGGCCUGUUUUCGGCCUCGCUCUGCCGUGUUUUGUCUCUUUGACUCCAUGCAAGUCCCCGCUCCGCUCAGCAACGCGGUUCAAACAUUGGGGAUUUUGUGGAUCCCUGACUUCGCUUUCGCAUAUUCCAGCAUAUCCGAACUUGAUGUUCUUUGCUCCGCAGAGCACCAGCAAGUGUGGGAUGACAUGGAAGUGUCGGACCCCCUACACAGCCCUGCAAUGGCCAGGCUCCGCCGAGCGCUUCAGCGCGCCAAAGCCAUCACGGAAGCAUCCGAUGCUGCCGCGCCACCUGUACCGUCCUCAGGCACUGCACCCACACAGCUCAACGCCUGGGCUGAACACGCGCCGCCGCGCCUGGAUUCCAACAGCAUCGCACAGCUCGUCAAAGACUUUCACCGCAACUAUCCAGGGGAACACCUGGACGGCGACGCAAUGCCUAGCGUUCGCCUCCUCAGCAUCGUUCAUCGCUGGUUCUCCCCAGGCAGCAGCGUCAGCUGGGUACCGUGGCAGCUCCGCCUGUCCGAGAGACAGUACCAAGAGAUCAUUGAAAGCCGCACAACACGCACGCUCCGCUCUGAG